GCUGUCCCAUUUUUGUUGCUCACAAGUCAAAUCGAGAAAUCAGCCAAACGCUGGACGCCACCUUGAAAAACUCGUAAGUCUGUGGCACCGCAAACUGGCUCUGUUGAGGUCUCAAACGACGAAGGAGGGAAUAUUGACGAUAUUAAAAAUGAGGCUGGCCGUGUCUUUGGCUGUUGGCAAUGCUGAGGAGUGGUUCAGCUAUUCAGAGGCAAGUGAGGAGGGCUGCGCAGCUGAGGGGAUCGUUGUCUCCCUCGCACUUUCUAACGAGCCAUUUCACAACAUCCACGCAGCAGAAGCAGAAGCAGAAGCAGAAGCAGAACCGGCGGCGGCGAAGGCUUCUCUCCACCCAAAUUAAGUUCCUUUCUUCGCGAAAUGUGGCCAGUCGCGGGACUCACUCUCGCAUUAUGCCUUUGGAUCGAGCGACCGGCGCUCGACCGCGAGCGGCACGCGUGAUUUGCGCCGGUUUGGAUGAAGCUCAACUCCGACGAGGCACUUUUUUUAUUUCCGCGCCGGACUUCGAUGCGUGCGCGCCGGCGGAUUUUGCGCGCACGGAACCGCCGAGCGGGUCUGAUCUGGGAUUACACUGACCCCGGACGUGCCGGUUUUGUUGCGAAGUGAGGGGGCUUCCCGGACGGGGUCCGCGCCUGGUCCGCCGUCCCCCGGGUUCCUGCAGGACUCCAUGCAGCCGCGAAGCAGGCAGAGGAGCGAAGGGCGACCCCGAGCUGGAUGGAUGGUUAUGGGGAAGAGAGGCAGAAACUCGCCGCUUCAAGUGUGCAGAGUCCUCGCCGUCUUCCUGUCGCUCUUCCCUGCAGUGAGUCUGCAGUGCAAGAUCCUCAAGUGCAACUCUGAAUUUUGGGCCUCCACGAGCAGCUCCGGGCCGGAGGAGGAGUUCUGCACGGCGCUGCGGGCGUACAACGGCUGCGUGCGGCGCACCGCUCGCACCUGCCGGGGCGACCUGACCUACCACUCGGCCCAGCACGGCAUCGAGGACCUCAUGAGCCAGCACAACUGCUCCAAGGAGGGCCCCACGUCGCAGCCGCGGGGCCGCACCCCGCCGCCCCCCGCGGCCCCGCCGCCCGACAGCCAGGAGCGCUCCGACGGCCCGGAGGUUUGCCACUACGAGCGCGGCUUCCCGCGCAACGCCGCGCAGCCCGACUUCACGCACUGCGGCUUCUUCGGCGACCCCCACCUCCGAACCUUCAGGGACGACUUCCAGACGUGUAAGGUGGAGGGCGCCUGGCCGCUCAUUCACAACAAGUAUUUGUCGGUCCAGGUGACCAACACCCCCGUGCUGCCGGGCUCCUCGGCCACUGCCACGAGCAAGCUGACAAUCAUCUUCAAGAACUUCCAGGAGUGCGUGGACCAGAAGACGUUUCACGCCGAGACGGACGAGCUCCCCGCCGCGUUCGCCGACGGCUCCAAGAACGGCGGCGAGCGCCACGGCGCCAACGCCCUGCGCGUGGUGGAGAAGGUUCCCGGCCGCCACGUGGAGAUCCAGGCCCGCUACAUCGGCACCACGGUGGUCGUCCGGCAGGUGGGCCGCUACCUGACCUUCGCCGUGCGCAUGCCGGAGGAGGUGGUGCGCUCGGUGGAGGAGGAGGAGGACGACGACGACCAGGACUUGUACCUCUGCCUGCACGGCUGCCCCGCCGACCAGCGCAUCGACUUCAGAAAGGUCCCAACCCAGGCCGCCGGCGCCGCCCGCGGGUUCACCUACCGCUCGGCCAGGGCCAAGUGCAAGGAGCGUCUGCCCGUGGAGGACUUGUACUUCCAGUCUUGCGUCUUCGACCUGCUCUCGUCCGGGGACAUCAACUUCACCAUGGCCGCCUACUACGCGCUGGAGGACGUGAAGACGCUGCACUCCGACAGCAAGCGCUUCCACAUCUUCGAGAAGGACGCCUUCGCCAGCCGGGCCGCCGCGCCGGGCGCGCGCUUCCUCGUCAACCUCUCCGCCGCCCUCGUGGGCGGCGCGCUCGCUCUGCGGCCGCUUUAACGCGGGAAUUGCGGAAAUAUUCCAAAACUGGAAACCUUCCAUGGGAAUUACAAUACGUAGCGCUGCGUUCCCGCGCGCCGGGCCAUCAUCCGUUUUUCGCCGUAUUUCCCUGUACCUCCAAUUUUGACGAUGGCGACGGCUCCUGACGCAAAAACGCGACAUACUUCUGUAUUUGCGUGGAAUCCGGUUCUUUUCGUCAGUAUUAUACUCAAAUGCGGGGACGGGAGGGUAUCGAAGGUUGCCGAUACCGGAAAGGAGCUCAAAUUCCGAUUUUCUCCCGUGGGAAAUCUUUUUUUAUCAGAUUCCACAUCCCAAACGGGCAACCGAAUUAAUAUUUCUGGGACGUUUCGGUAACAUUUCUGUGGAAAACCUUCCCGCUGUUGAGAAUUCCCAAAUUUCGCAGCCCUUUUUCCUGCCCCGGUACAGACGUUUCCCCGUCGGAGAGCCGUAACCUUUAUUUGCGGCGAGGCUAAACGGAGGCCUCGCUACCCGAGGAAAGACGGCACGCACCGCGUCGUAAUUCACGCGCGGGUCAGUUGAGGGUUCGAGUCCUCGCCAAAGAAGCGGAGCCCCGUGCCGACGGUGACACUUUCCAAGCAGCAUUUAGUCCCGAUUUCAAACUAAUUCGUCUUGGUUGGUUUGAUUUUAACACUGAAGUAUUUGUCACCGCCGCCCCCUUUUGUUAUUUUAUUUUCAUUUUUAGGGGGGCGGGGCUUUGAUGAGAGCGGUGACGAGAUUUAAUGAUUGUAACGUGGAAUCUUUGCGGAAGUAUAUCUGGGCCUUUGGAAAUUGAAUUUGGAUUUCGAACAGUUGUGGCGUUCCCAAGCCAGACGAGAGACUUAAGUCUCCCCAGCGGGUCCUGGGUCGUCCCCGGGGUCUCUUUUUGGUGGGAAUUGCCCGGAACACCUCACCAGUCAGCUCAUCUGGCUCCUCUCAAUGCGAAGGAACAGGGGCUCGACACUGAGCCCCUCCCUGAUGACCGAGGUUCUCACCCGUUCUCUAAGGGAGAGUCCGGACACCCUGCGGAGGAAACUCAUUUCGGCCACUUCUAUCAUGGAUCUUGUUCUUUCGGUCACGACGCGCAGCUCGUGCUCAUAAGUGAGGGUGGGAACGUAGAUGGACUGGUAAACUGAGAGCUUCCCCUUUCGACUUAGCUCCCUCUUUACCACAACGGACCGAUACAAAGUCCGCAUAACUACAGACACUGUACCGAUCCGUCUGUCGAUCUCCCGCUCCAUUCUGACCUCACUCGUGAACAAGACCCCAAGAUACUUGGAACUCCUCCACUUGGGGCCGGUACCUCAUCCCCGACCCGGAGAGGGCAAGACGGCCUUUUCCGACUGAGGACGACGGUCUCGGAUUUGGAGGUGCCGCGUCGCACUCGGCUGUGAACCGCUCCAGCAAGAGUUGGAGAUCAAGUCUUGAUUAAACCAACAGAACAGUUUUUUUUUGUAAACCAACAAAUUUCUAAUACUCAUUUUUUAACCGCCAAAAAAUCUAGUUAAAUGAGAUCUAUUUUGCCCAAAUCAACUUUUUACCAUAUUCGGUAUUCGGUAAACAUGAAAUAUUAAUUUAAACCCUUCAUGCAUUCUUGAGUUUCGGGGAGGCCUGAAGUCAAGUCAUUCGGAUUUCUCGAGCUUAUCUAUGUCACUAGCAGAGAUCGCCGCCUUCCCUUUAAGCUCCCAGCCACACGGAGGCAAGCAAUCAGAGGAAAGGAGGCGGUCUUGGCCAAAUACGGACAAAACUGACACAAAACUGGGUCAAACAGAAGUAGCUGCCGGAAGGGCCUCUUGUGGACACUUGCAUGACAAAACUUUCAAAGUUAGCGCCAUCGAAUCUUGUCUUGAAAUUUUUACAUUGAAUUUUUACUCAAUAUUUUGAUGGUUAAAAAAAACCCCAAGAAAUUCAAAUUAAAACUCAUACGGCCCAGAUAUAUUUCCAUAAAUCUUGUGUUCGUAGGUGUGAUUUGUAUUGUGACUUAUACGGUAGCUGAUGUGAGAUUGUACAUAGCGCGUGUUUGUGCGGGUGUGCGCCAAUUUGUGUUCAUUUGACUAUUAACUGUGAAUGUGAAAUAUUUUAAUUUUAAUUUUUUUUUUUUCAGUCAUGAACAGCGCACCAGCACAAUCUUUGCCUUUUUGUGUUUUGCGCCGCUCAUGCUUGCCAAUGAAAAGCACUUUAUGUUUUCAUCCAGCUUUUUUUGUGUUGUGGUUGUCGCUAUUGUUGUUGACGUGCGUCGUCGUCGUCGUUUGGAAUUCAAAAGGAAUAAAUCAUAGUAAAACAGCUGGGACGUGCCCGAAUAGAUCAACUUGUAUGUUUAAGGAGAAAAGAAAAAAUAAUGUGGUGCCACCCACACCAGCUGUUUAUAAUGUCAAUUAUUUAUUGAAUAAAAGAAAAUGUCUUGU